CUGAUGGACUCCACAACGGCAACGGCAGAGCUGGGCUGGACAGUGCAUCCUCCUUCAGGGUGGGAAGAGGUGAGCGGGUACGACGAGAACAUGAACACGAUUCGCACCUACCAGGUGUGCAACGUCUUUGAAUCCAGCCAAAACAACUGGCUCCGGACCAAGUACAUCCGGAGGCGAGGAGCGCACCGCAUCCACGUGGAGAUGAAAUUUUCUGUCCGGGACUGCAGCAGCAUCCCUAAUGUACCAGGCUCCUGUAAGGAGACUUUUAACCUUUACUAUUUUGAGUCAGACUUUGACUCGGCCACCAAGGCUUUUCCUAACUGGAUGGAGAAUCCUUGGAUGAAGGUGGACACAAUUGCUGCUGAUGAGAGUUUCUCGCAAGUGGACCUAGGUGGACGGGUGAUGAAGAUAAACACUGAGGUGCGCAGUUUUGGGCCUGUGUCCAAGAAUGGUUUCUACCUGGCCUUCCAGGACUACGGAGGCUGCAUGUCCUUGAUUGCCGUCCGCGUCUUCUACCGCAAGUGUCCCCGUGUGAUCCAGAAUGGCGCCGUCUUCCAAGAAACCCUCUCGGGAGCAGAGAGCACCUCUCUGGUGGCAGCCCGGGGGACGUGCAUCACCAACGCGGAGGAGGUGGACGUGCCGAUCAAGCUGUACUGCAAUGGGGAUGGCGAGUGGCUGGUGCCUAUUGGCCGCUGCAUGUGCAGGGCGGGCUACGAGUCGGUGGAAAACGGGACCGUCUGCAGAGGCUGCCCGUCGGGGACGUUCAAGGCCAGCCAAGGGGAUGAAGGAUGUGUCCACUGCCCAAUUAACAGCCGGACGACUUCGGAAGGGGCCACUAACUGCGUGUGUCGAAACGGAUAUUACCGGGCAGAUGCCGAUCCUGUUGACAUGCCGUGCACCACCAUCCCAUCUGCCCCCCAGGCCGUCAUCUCCAGCGUAAACGAGACCUCACUGAUGCUGGAGUGGACCCCACCAAGGGACACAGGUGGCCGGGAGGACCUGGUGUACAACAUCAUCUGCAAGAGCUGCGGCUCUGGCCGUGGGGCAUGCACACGCUGUGGGGACAAUGUGCAGUUUGCCCCCCGCCAGCUGGGCCUGACAGAACCCCGCAUCUACAUCAGCGAUCUGCUGGCCCACACCCAGUACACCUUCGAGAUCCAGGCGGUGAAUGGCGUCACUGACCAGAGCCCCUUCUCCCCGCAGUUUGCAUCAGUGAACAUCACCACCAACCAGGCUGCUCCUUCAGCUGUGUCCAUCAUGCACCAGGUCAGCCGCACCGUGGACAGCAUUACCCUCUCAUGGUCUCAACCUGACCAACCCAAUGGAGUCAUCCUGGAUUAUGAGCUGCAAUAUUACGAGAAGGAUCUGAGCGAGUUAAAUUCAACAACAGUGAAGAGCCCCACCAACACUGUGGCAGUGCAAAACCUCAAAGCUGGCACCAUCUACGUCUUCCAGGUGCGAGCACGUACUGUGGCCGGGUAUGGCCGGUAUAGUGGCAAGAUGUAUUUCCAGACCAUGACUGAAGCCGAGUACCAGACCAGUGUGCAGGAGAAGUUGCCACUCAUCAUCGGCUCCUCCGCAGCAGGAUUGGUGUUCCUUAUUGCUGUAGUCGUCAUCAUUAUUGUGUGCAACAGAAGACGGGGCUUUGAGCGUGCUGACUCCGAGUACACGGACAAGCUGCAGCACUAUACCAGUGGCCACAGUACGUACCGCGGCCCCUCACCAGGCCUGGGGGUCCGCUCUCUCUUCGUGACUCCAGGGAUGAAGAUUUAUAUCGAUCCGUUCACCUACGAAGAUCCCAAUGAGGCUGUCAGGGAAUUUGCAAAAGAAAUUGAUAUCUCUUGUGUCAAAAUCGAGCAGGUGAUUGGGGCAGGGGAGUUUGGUGAGGUGUGCAGUGGGCAUCUCAAGCUUCCUGGCAAAAGAGAGAUCUUUGUGGCCAUCAAGACCUUGAAGUCUGGUUACACAGAGAAGCAGAGACGGGACUUCUUGAGCGAAGCCAGCAUCAUGGGGCAGUUUGAUCACCCCAAUGUCAUCCACCUGGAGGGGGUGGUGACCAAGAGUUCACCAGUCAUGAUCAUUACUGAGUUCAUGGAGAACGGCUCACUGGACUCCUUCUUGCGGCAAAACGACGGGCAGUUCACAGUGAUCCAGCUGGUGGGCAUGUUGCGGGGCAUCGCGGCAGGCAUGAAGUACCUGGCCGAUAUGAACUACGUGCACCGGGACCUGGCUGCCCGCAACAUCCUGGUGAACAGCAACCUGGUCUGCAAAGUGUCCGACUUCGGCCUCUCUCGUUUUCUGGAGGACGACACCUCUGAUCCCACGUACACCAGUGCACUGGGUGGGAAGAUCCCAAUACGGUGGACAGCACCUGAGGCAAUUCAGUACCGAAAAUUCACUUCUGCCAGUGAUGUGUGGAGCUAUGGAAUAGUCAUGUGGGAGGUGAUGUCAUAUGGCGAACGGCCUUACUGGGAUAUGACCAAUCAAGAUGUGAUAAAUGCUAUCGAGCAGGACUAUCGGUUGCCACCGCCUAUGGAUUGUCCAAAUGCCCUGCACCAGCUAAUGCUUGACUGUUGGCAGAAGGAUCGAAACCACAGACCCAAAUUUGGGCAAAUUGUCAACACCUUGGAUAAAAUGAUCCGAAAUCCUAAUAGCCUGAAAGCCAUGGCACCUCUUUCCUCUGGGAUGAACCUCCCCCUGCUUGACCGCACAAUCCCAGAUUAUACCAGCUUCAACACUGUGGAUGAAUGGCUGGAUGCCAUCAAGAUGAGCCAGUACAAGGAGAGCUUUGCCAGUGCUGGCUUCACCACCUUUGACGUGGUAUCUCAGAUGACUGUAGAGGACAUUCUGCGAGUUGGGGUCACUUUAGCAGGACAUCAGAAGAAAAUUCUGAACAGUAUCCAGGUGAUGAGAGCACAGAUGAACCAAAUUCAGUCUGUGGAGGUUUGAUAGCUACAUGUCCUCCUCCUCCUCUUCCUUGAGGCCCUGCUCCCCUUUGCCCCUGUAUGUCCGAGCUCUAGGUCUUGAGUGUUCUGCAUGGACCAGAGACAGGCAGCUGCUCUGAGGAUCAUGGCAACAGGAAGAAAUGCCCUGUCAUCAAUAACGAGAAGUCGCCAAGAGUUUCUAGAAUUUAAGCAAUGGAAAAAGGGAA